GCAGCCAUGGGCAGGUGGAAAGAAAGGACGAAGCGGAUCAGUCAUUAUCGGACGGGGGGAGCGUGAGAGAGAAAGAAAGAAAGUCGGCAUGCAUAUGAAGCGUCUCAGCCGUGGACUGUCCGUUUCCCUCCCCAGAUGCUCUCUGACCCGCUGAGUUCCAUAAGCUUUUCGUCACCUGCUGCAGAUUCCGGCAUCUGUAGUCUCCUGUCUGUAGGUUACCUAGUCCAGAUAUCUAGCCCGAGCCCAUUUUGGUAUUAUUCCACCCUGAAGUGCUUUCCGGAGACUGAGGCAGUUAUGCUGGACCGAGACCUCGGUCCAACCCCAUCUUACCCGCCUACGUAUCCGGAGCCCAAUAUCGGAAGACACACACCCUAUAUGUCACAACCCGAGUUCAGGAUCUAUGAACUCAACAAACGUCUCCAGAACUGGACAGAGGAGUGUGACAACCUUUGGUGGGAUGCUUUCACCACAGAAUUUUUUGAAGACGAUGCAGUAUUGACUGUGGCCUGCUGCCUAGAAGAUGGACCAAAAAGAUACACAAUUGGCCGGACUCUAAUCCCUCGCUAUUUUCGUAGUAUCUUUGAUGGUGGAGCAACAGACCUUUAUUUUAACUUGAAGCACUCAAAAGAAUCAUUCCAUGGCAAUCUGGUGAUAUUGGACUGUGACCUCUGCAGCAUGGUCACACUACACAACAAACCUAUCUUCACCAAGGUGUGUACAGAAGGUCGCCUCUACCUUGAAUUUACCUUUGAUGAUUUGAUGCGCAUAAAGAAUUGGCAUUUUAAUAUCAGACAAAAUCGUGAACUCCUCUCACGCAGCAUCCUUGCAACGCAUGCCCAGGAUCCUCCGAUGUUGGAACAGCUAUCCAAUAGUAUCACCCGCUCUGGCCUCUCAAACUUCACUCUUAACUACCUCAGACUCUGCGUCAUUUUGGAGCCAAUGCAGGAACUGAUGUCAAGACACAAAACCUAUAACCUUAGCCCUCGAGACUGUCUGAAGACCUGCCUGUUUCAGAAGUGGCAGCGGAUGGUGGCUCCUCCCGCGGAACCCGUCAGACCUCCAACUGCUAAGCGGCGAAAGAGGAAACAGUCCGGAGGCAACACAUCCAGUGUGGGGCCGUCCAGUAACAGCAGUGGGGGCAGUAAAAGAAAGAGCAGUCCUGCCACGGGCUUCAGUCUGUCCAGUCAGGUACCUGACGUUAUGGUUGUGGGUGAGCCAGCACUAAUGGGUGGGGAGUUCGGUGACGAGGAUGAGCGCCUAAUCACGCGGUUAGAGAACGGCCAGUAUGAUGCAGCCAGUGGUAUCGAUGACGAGGACGACUUCCAUAACUUGCCAACCUUGGGGAGUAGCAGUCCUUGGAACAGUAAACCACCAUCAAGCCAGGAGAGCAAGUCUGAUAACCCUGCGUCUCAGUAAUGGUAUUGAGAGCUUUAGUAACUUAAGAGUUACAGGAACUCUUGCAUUCGAAGGUUUGACCCACUUGUGACAGUUAUGGAAAAAAUCUGCUUCUUGAACAGUGAUCCAGGGCAUAAAGUAAGUGUAUUAAUAUUUUAGAGGUGAAACUGCAUCCAUUUGGAGAGUACUUGGACCAUGUGGGACAUGAACCUAGCCCUUGUGACCCUGGUUAAAUGCCCAAUCUUGUCUGCCUGUAUGGAAAAUGGACAUGAAAACCAAGCUUCAUUCCUACUUCUUAUUUCUCUCCAAUGGCCACGAGCACUGAAAGUGGCUGACAGAAAGUGGGUUUGGGUUGAUUAGACGGCUAGAAGCCAGAAAUGUAGUUCACUCGUGAUGCCAGUGAAAUUCUUCCACCACUAAGGACUAGGGGGACAGCAGAAGUUCACAAAGGGAAAAGGCUGACCUUGUAAGCAUUGUUCAGCAUUUGCCUCUUUACCAGAGUUUUGAAUUCAAAUUGUAGCCUUACCUUCAGUUCUAUUGGCACUCAUUCAAGGAUUUCUUCCUGAUGUCUAAGAGGAGUUUAGUUUAAGCACAGCUCCUGUGGAUUGGAUAAAGGGAGCUUUAGUAAUCCAUAUGAAAUACUUCCCUCAUUAUUUCAUCCAUCUUGCACAGGGAUGGCUGACUGUUUGGUGCUUUCACAUUUUGAAACUUGGUGAAUAAAAACCUGGGUCUGUGUUUUUCAAGGCCUUUCAGAAUAUUUGUUAAACUAAAUUUAUAAUUAAUGAUGAGUUGUGAGAAACCAAAAAUGGUCAGAUUAAUUGUAUUUCCAUUAAUUUUGAAAUGUCACAACACUAAGCUUAUACUCGAGGUGGGGAUGACCCAGACUCCCUUCCUAAAAUACAAGGAUUUUUUUUUCUUGGGGAAUUUAAUGCUAAAUUAAUUCUGUGCUUUCCUUUAUAUCUCGCCCAGUCAAGUGAGGGUGAAUAUUUUUGGAAUGCUCUGUUGAGUUUGCUGGAGCUUCCUAGAAGACCUAGCCAAGCUUUUUUUUAAAACAGUGUUAGUUGGGAUUAUGCUUCAGUUCACCUGCAGUUCCGAUUUAAUGCACUUAUCUUUGCCCUGCUAUCAACUGAAGUUUCUGUGCUAGUGUGCUGUAUAACAUUGUUAAUGUCAAAUGCUGAUGAAUUGAUUUUAUUGCAUUGAACAGGUUGCUUUUUGUCUUGUAUGGUUUAUUUUAACCAAAGUUGUUUUCGUCCCCAUUGUCAAAGGUUGAAGGACAAUUAAAAAUUGCUUUUUGAGUUCCAUCGGGUUUUCAAGUAGUUGCAAGCAAACCGGACACAGAACAUUUCCAGCUGUGAUUUUGUGCCACCCAUGAAGCAAAUCUGGGAGAUCUGUCACAGAAAUCUCAUUCUCUUCUAUAGGAUCUACCCUUCUCUCUCGCCCACCACCUCAGCAGGUACAGAGGUCCUGGGAUUUCUUUGAGGUUUUCAGGAUUUCCAGAACUUGCUGAAAUGCUGAGACAUAAGACGUAGGAGCCGGGUUAGGCCAUUCAGCCCAUCAAGUCUGCCCUGCCAUUCUAUCAUGGCUGAUUUAUUAUCCCUCUCCACAAAACCUUUGAUGCCCUUACUAAUCAAGAACCUAUCAACCUUCACUUCAAAUAUAUCCAUUUACUUGGCCUUGACAGCCAUUUGUGGCAAUGAAUUCCACGGAUUCACCACCCUCUGGCUAAAGAAAUUCCUCCUCAUCUCUGCUCUAAAGGGAUGUCCUUCUAUUCUGAGUGAUUACUUCGUGGUCAGUUUUUCUUUUUGUAAUUUUUAUUUCUCCCAUCUGUUUAGAUCCUCCAUGCCAUGCAUCAUUCUUAGGCUGAGAGGACAGAUCCCUGAUCCCAGGCCUCCGUCAAUGUCGCUGUUGACCGGCAGCUGAGAGGUGUGUGUGAGAGAGCGGUUCAGGGUAAUCCACAAUGGCUGCCACUCACCGUCUCCCUGGCACUGCUAGGCUGAGACCCGGGACUCGCUACACGGAGGAUUGUGGAUGCUGAACUGUAUCCGGUCAGUCCGCAGCAUGGUGUCUAGGAGUGCAAGCACACUGCACGACUCUUAACAACCAUUGUCCUGUUUCCUGUCGCAUUGAUAGUGAUUGGCGACCAUGGCAACACAAGAAAAAGUUAAAUUAAUUGAAGGGAAAUGCUUCAUCUGAUUACAAUUUCGAUCGAUUGAGUAAAUGCAAGUGGAUAAAGCUACUCAGAGGGAGGAUCUGUCCACAUCAUGUUGACUUGACACUAACUGAAACCGUGUGCACCAAGCAACAGCAUAGAUACUGGCAUUGUGAAGGUUCAUAUCGUGUUGACUAUACAGUGGUGUGUAUGUUGGAGCUGUGCAGAGGGUUCCUGUCUCCAUGCUGACACACACACACACAGAUACACACACCUUGAGUGCAUACCUUAACGUCACUGAAAUUGGACUCCACUUUUUUUUAAAAAAAAAACAAAAUACUGGAGAAACAAUAGGCAGAAUGGUCAAAAUAGCGUGAUUGAGAAUUCUUUAUGGUGUUUCCUCUGGGUUUAGACCAUAAGACAUAGCAAAUGGGGAAAUACUGCCAUUGAGUUUCCUCUGGCCUUCCAUCAUGGCUGAUUUAUUAUCCCUUUUAACCGUGUUCUGCUUGCUUUGGGCUCUUGGCUGCAGUGGAGCAUAGACCAUCAAUGACCUCCCAUCUCCAUCGUCCUCUGAAGUCGAUGUUAUGGUUGGAGUUCAUCAACGCUUCUGCAUCCACUGUAUGGGGAUUGGCCUCUACAGCUUCACCAGAACCCUGUUGGCUGGCCUUACUCAUUUCCACCUCUCAAGGCGGGGAUGUAGGGUUGGAUUUUGAGAAGCCAUUCUCCUGCCUUCUCCUGUAACCUUUGACGUCCUUACUAAUCAAGAACCUAUCAAUGUCCGCUUUAAAUGCUCAGCACGGACUAGAUAGGCUGAAGGGUCUGUUUCUAUGCUGUACUUUUCUAUAACUCCAAGUAUACCCAGUGACUCAGCAUCCACAGCUGCCUGUGGCAAUGAAUUCCACAGAUUCACCACUCUCUGGCUAAAUAAAUUCCUCCUCAUCUCUAUUCUGAGGCUGUGCCCUCUGAUCUUAGACUUCCCCACCAUAGAAGACAUCCUUGCCACAUCCACACUUUCACAUCAAUAGGUUUCAAUUAUAUCUCUUUCAUUCUUCUAAACUCCAGCGAAUACUGGCCCAGUUUAAAGGGAUGGAAGUUAUCCCAAAGGGAAAAAAAAAUCAAAAACAUAUCUGCUUAAAGACAUUGAACGUUUCCUUUGCCAACAUCCUGACCAGUAUGACACCAGGAUGGCAAUCUCCAGUCUUCUGCACAUCUCAUACUUUAGUUAUGUUAGUACUGAAGCUUUUUGCUCUGGGAGACAGACAGAGGUCUGGAACACCUUCUCUCUGCACUCUGGGAUCCUCAGUACUCAGCUACUCUUUUAAUUAACUGUUAAUAAUUUAUGGCUGUCUUUAUUAUCUAGAGUCAGAUUUGAUUCCUAUGUGAUUGUCCACUUCAGAUGAACUCCCAACUCACUAUGUGCUUUGACGUGAUCACUAACUGUUCUCCUAAGUCAUGAACACUUUUCUAGAGUGAGUUCUAGAGGAUACAGCCAGCAUCUGAUCAGCAUGCACAAGGAAAACAGCCUGGUCACUAUCACCAAACUGGUCUCCUUGUGUGUGAGCGAUGAACAUAAACUCAGGAGAUCCUGCAGUUGCUGGAAAUCCAGAGUAACUAACACACACAGACAAUGCUGGAGGGAUUCAGCAUCAGUGGAGGGGAAUCAGGACUGGUGAAGGUUCUCGACCCAAAAUGUCAGCUCUUUAUUCCUCUCUGUAGAUGCUGCCUGACCUGAGUAAUAAUUCAUACUUGCUAUCAGAGUCCCAAGUUCAAAGUACAUUUAUUAUCAAAGUAUGUAUGCAUCAUACACCUUAGAGGUUUGUCUCCUUACAGGCAGUCACAAAACAAGAAACCGAAAAAGAACCCAUUAAAAAGGCUGACAAACACCCAAUGUGCAAAGAGAGAGAGGAAAAAUAAUUAUGCAAACCAUAAAAGUAAGCAAAUAGUCUGCUACAAGUGAUUAUUUUGUUUUUGCUAGCUGUAAUCCUUUUCCAUUUCUCUGCCUGUAUGAAUCCCAUCAGUUUAGUGAGUUUUGAUUAAGAUGCAUACCAGAAUAAAAUACAGUACAUUUGCACCACAUCCUGUGCUUUCUCUCCUGUUCAUUAGUGUUAUGUGCAAAAGUUCAGUUCAUAUCUGUUUUUGCAUUCGUGGCUAUGUACUUGUGUUGACAGGAAUCUGUCUCUCAGCUUAGAUCUUCAUUCUGAAUGUCAUGAACGUAGGUUUCUCUGACUUCCAGUAAUUUCUCCCCCUUUUAUUUUUCCCUUCCUAAUUCUGGCUCCACUCUUACACCAUCUCUUCUUAACUCUCUCAGAUGCCCCUUUCUUCCAUGGUCAACUGUCCUCCUUCAGCCCUUUACCUCUUUCACCUUCCCCUCACCCCAUUUCAGCUAUCACUUGCCAACUUCUUACUUCAUCCCUUCCCUCUCUCACCGGCAUACCUUCCCCCUCACCUGUCACCUGCCAACUUGUACUCCUUCUCCUCUCCCCCAUCUCCUUACUCUGGCCUCUUCCCCCUUUCCAGUCCUGAUGAAGGGUCUUCACCUGAAACUUUGACUGUUUAUUUCCCUCCAUAAAUGCUGCCUGACCUGCUGAGUUUCUCCAGCAUUUUGUGUGUGCCAUCUAUCGGUCAUUGUUUGCACUGAGCCAUAUAACAAGCUCUUUAAUGUUGUUACAGCAAGAGUUAUUCCCCAAACUAGGAUCCUACAAAAGGGGUUCUGUUAAUCAUCCAUGUAAUCACUGUGUGGUGCUAUUUACUAAAUCAUUCUCUAAUAAAGUGUUACAUGACAAAAAUCACUGCUGACCCUGGAGUUUUCAGUGUUUCAUUCAUUGAAAGGUGGUCAUUGACCUGGUAUUGGUAAGCUUUCAAGUAUCUUCUAGGACAUUGGGUAUAUAGGCAUAGCAGGACAAUGGGUUGGCAGGUUUAAACAAUAUCUUAACUUUUUCCUUGAUUCUGUUGACCCCUCCUUAAGGAAGUUGGGUUAUAAGUCAGGGAAGGUAUAUUGCUUUGGGCAGUAAAUAUGCUGAUACUUUACCAGAAUCUUCACUUUGUAUCCAGGCCACUCCAGGACAGUAGUGCCCUGAUGUCACAAUUGAGAGAGGGUACUAAUAAACUAAAAAAAAAUUAACUCUAGGAUUAAAGAAACCCGUUUGGUCUUGCUUCUGCUUUUUCUUGUCUGAUCCAUAACAUGUCAUUCUCUCCAUUACCUUUUAGUAAUCUGUGAAAUCCUUUGUGACAUUUGACCUGGAAUCUCCUGCAGAGUGGCAGGAAUAUGUAAAUAUGUUGGGCGUGAGAUGAAGUGAUGACUGUAGCCCGCUUUUACAUUUCUGAACAUGUGAAAUAUAUAACCUGCUUUUUAUACCAGAUCACUAUGGACUAGAACAUUGAGUUCUUGUUGGAUUGACCAUUAUAAAUUGUUAAACUAUUUGAAUAAAAACUUUUCUUGGC